AUGCUGACAUUUGAUAAUACACAUUUCCCAGAAAGACCACUAAAACAUCAUUCUACUACAUUAAUUGAUGAAGGUAUCGCUUCUUUAACUGACGAGAUACCAGCACUACAAUCAAUAGUAACUAACCAUAAUACUAAUAACAGUACCUCAAACUUUGAUGAUGUAACAAAUGUACUUCGUAAAGUUUUAUUCCAAAAUUUAAUAAAAAAUCCUAAAACAUUGCAAGGUGAAAAAGAUGAUGUUACUAAAUGGCUGGAAGAUCUAGGACAUCUAUUUGAUGUAGCAUAUAUUCCUGAUACAAACAAAUUAGAUAUAAUAUCAUACUUGCUUCGAGGAGAAGUACUUCAAUGGUAG